AUUUUCACAAUUUCCCGUUCUUCCUUCCCGCAAAGUUUCUCCCUCGACGGCCAUUUCCUCUAUCCUUCAAUGGCGGCUCUGAACCCAAAUUACGAAAUUAAAAAUCCUCUAUACCCAGAAGUUUUACAAUCGAAUCCGGAAGCGAAUAAUAAUCACAAUUCAUCUUCCUCCUCGUCAUCCAAUCUAUACCCCACUAUCGACAACCGGGACCUCGCCGAAAAUCUCUUACCGGAACAAUUUGGCAAAAAGCCUAAAGCUGACGCUAAGCCAUAUUCCCCCUCUGCUCCCCCUUCAGCGUCGGAGGAAUUGCUAAUCAGAGUCCCCGGUGCCAUUCUCAAUCUCGUCGACAAAACCUACAGCGUUGAGCUUGCCUCGGGCGAUCUCACCGUCAUUCUCCUCCGUCAGGGCGACAACAUCGUUGCGGUUCUAGCUCGAGUUGGGGACGAGAUUCAAUGGCCAUUGGGGAAAGAAGGAGCCGCUGUGAAGCUUGACGAUUCGCAUUACUUCUUCUCUCUUUGCUUGCCCCAAGAGCAGAACUCCGAUUCGAGCGACGAUGAGGACUCCAAGAAGAAGAAGACGACGAAGAAUCAAAGGAAGGCCGAUAAGAAAGAACACGAAGAAGAGAUUCUGAAUUACGGAUUGACGAUUGCUUCCAAAGGGCAGGAAGGGAUAUUGAAGGAGCUGGAUGAGAUAUUCAAGACCUACUGUUGUUUUUCCAUUCAAAGAGUUUCGGAGAAUGCGAAGAAAAUGUCAGGAGAGGCAUUGCUGGAUGAUUCGAUGGCAAAGGAGAUCUCGCCGAAGGAAUUGGAGUCGGAGAAGAACAAAGCCAUGAUGGAAGGGAAUUGUGCGGCUUACUGGACGACAUUGGCGCCCAAUGUUGAAGAUUAUAGCAGCAGCGCUGCGAGGAUGAUUGCAACUGGAUCAGCGCAACUAAUUAAAGGGAUUUUGUGGUGUGGGGAUGUUACUGUGGACAGGUUGAAAAAGGGGAACGAGGCGAUGAAGCAAAGGAUGAGUCCCAAAUCUAGCGCAGAGAUCAGUCCAGAAACCAUGGAUAGGAUUAGAAGGGUUAAGCGGAUGACGCAACUGACUGAGAAAGUAGCAAACGGGGUGCUCACUGGUGUUAUUAAAGUAACAGGGCUCUUCACCAGCACACUAGCUAACUCAAUGAUGGGCAAGAAAGUGUUGAGCCUUCUGCCUGGUGAAAUCGUUCUUGCAUCUUUGGAUGGAUUCAGCAAGGUGUUUGAUGCUGUUGAAGUAGCUGGAAGGAGUGUGAUGUCGACAUCAUCUGAUGUCACAACCGAUAUCGUUUCCCACAGGUAUGGUGAAGAGGCAGGGCAGGCAACAAAUGAAGGGCUUGGUGCUGCAGGGCAUGCCUUUGGGGUAGCUUGGGCUGCAUUGAAAAUUAGGAAGGCGCUUAACCCUAAAAGUGCAAUAAAGACCACUGCUUUAGCCAAGUCUGCUGUUAAAGCUGCAGCUGCUGAAGCGAAGGCCAAGGCAGGCAAAUAAAAUACCGCUUUCUACUCACACUACAUUAACGAUGAAGCCCUAAAAUCAUGUAUGAAGGAAGCUCCACGACCCAUGUUCUCAGUUAUCACCCUCAAUUGUUUUCCUCUCCAGGUAUCACCUUUUCUAUUUGCUUGUUGUAAAGGAAUGUUUUGCCUUAAACCCUACUGUCAAUGUAGCCAAUUGAAAAGGAGAUGAAUCCUUUCUGUAAAUAAGUAGAGAGAGAGACCAUUUUUAAAGAGCCGCCAAAAAUUGAAGUAUGAUUAAUGCUGAUGUAAUUGGCCUGCCCAUGGAAGAUUUGCUUGGCUUCUUCCACCACCCCAAUAACCCACAAGGCAGGCAUCAUUAAACAAAUGGCGAAGAAGAUGAAUGGCGGGGCCUUCUUAACUACAAGCCAUAUUCAAGCUUGGCAUGCUUCAAGCCUUCAACCAUCCUUUUGCCAAUUGCAUAAUCCGCCUAUGUGGAUUUAUCUUCUUUUAUUCUUGAGUUUGUUUGUAGAUGUGAUGUUCUAUGUAUGGGUUUCUUUUUAUUCUUUUAACUUGUUCCAGCUUUGUACGCGUUCAUUGGUUGGAUAAAUUUUGUUAUUAAUAAUUUAUUAAAA